UGUGGAGUGGGCGAGACCUUUGUGCUGGUAACUGGACCUAUCGCCUGGCAGAAUCUAUGAGGCGGUUUCGGAUGCGUUUCUCUUUGGAGAAGUUGCUCUAUGAUGGCUGGGUGGCUGGAGUGAGUGGUCCUCCAACAAUCGGAGCGUUACCCGGCAACCGGGCCUGAGCGUCGCUCGGCAACCGGAAUUCCCGCAGUGGCCGCGACUACGGCCUCGGCCUGGGAGGUGAGGCUCUUGGCCCCAGCUUCCUGGUUCCGCGAUUAGUUAUUGUUUCCUGCUCGGAGCUGUUGUCCUCACCAGGGGCGGAUCGGGACCCGGCUUCGGCUGAUGCCGGAGGAAGAAGCCGGCAGAGGCCCAUCAUGGUUUGGAGAUCCGUCAUUGCGGUGGGAGUGUCACAGGCUAAGCAUUCGGAGGACACACCAUAAGUGAACAGCUCAUUGAUGUCUCUUCAUAUGGUGACAAGACAUUUGCAAAUGGAAUGCCAAGAUCAGAGAACAACUCAAUCCAAUCAUCUGUUCCUAUGUUUUAUUGUCAUAUGGUGAUGCUGUGCAAGUCUUACCACAACUGUCAAGUGUCUGUUUGUUCCCCAGCUUUAACCAGAAUUGCCUCUGUUGCAGUGGCCUUCCAAAGGUUGUAUUUUUUCUUUGUUCUAUGUUUCUUUAAGAAAGAGUAAGAGGGAAUCCCUGUGCCUCAGGAGGGAAGCUGGAAGCCGAACAUCUCAUGAGUCACGGGAGAGAAUGUAUGAUCAAGAUACUUAAUACUACAGGGCAUGUAUUUAAGAUGCAGUUUGAAAUCUUCUGCUCCGCUGGUUUCACCCAUUAAUUAAGGAAGACUGGAAGAUAGUUCAUCACUUGUUACUCUUACUCCCUUCAGUAGCAUACAGUGAAUUCCAUUCAUUCAGUAAUUUCACUCAUGGGUGAUGAGGAAUUUGCUUCAGUGAUGGAGGACAUGGAUACAUCUGAUACACAAUGGAGCUGGUACUACUUGGGGGAAUGCGGAAAAUGGCACAUUUAUGAGAAGGAUCCCAAUAUUCCACAUUCUGUAAGCAGCGAAGACAUCGAAAGAAAUUUUAAGGAGAAUUCACAUGGCUUGCUUUCAUUUUCCACUGCAAAAUACAACUACAUAAUAGAUUUCCGAGAAAUGAAACAAACAAACACAGCAACUGGAAAGGAGAGGCCUGUGAAACGUGCAGACUUCUCUGUCACUGCUUUCAGUUUUAUUUGUGGAAAUGCAGAAAUUCCUAUUCCUUUGCAUUGGGAGAAUAUAGAUCGAGACAAACCAUACCAGCUCUGUCCAUUGCAUAAAUCUACAAAUGAAUAUCAGGAAGUCGCAGAACUCUUUGGACAAACAAUGGAUCAGAACCGAAUCAUGCAAAUUCAAAGAAUUCAGAAUUUAGACUUAUGGGAGCUCUAUUGCAGAAAAAAAGCCCAUUUGAAGAAGAUGAGAAAUGUUUUGGAAGUGAAUGAAAGAUUGCUUUUUCAUGGUACGAGCAGUGAAUUUGUGCAAGCAAUAUGUUUACAGAAUUUUGACUGGAGAAUAAAUGGAAUGCAUGCUACUGUUUAUGGAAAAGGGACUUAUUUUGCUCGUGAUUCCUCAUACUCCAGUCGUUAUUGCCAUUCUAAUGACAAGUCUGUGGCAACAUUGCAGCCAGAUCAGGGGAAGCCACAAUUUAAAACAAUGUUUCUCGCUCGAGUUCUUGUGGGUGAUUAUGUUACAGGAAAUCCCAAAUAUACCCGUCCUCCUUCCAAAGAUGGAAGUCUGGUGAACUUGUAUGACAGCUGUGUGGACAACCAGUGGAAUCCAAAGAUUUUUGUAAUAUUUGAUGCUAACCACAUCUAUCCGGAAUACCUGAUUAAUUUCUGUUAAAGAGAAAUGAAGAAAUUACUGCUGAAGUUAUCAGGUAAUGAAAUGAAAAACACAUUAAAAUGCAAUGAAAUGUUCUAAAUUUAGCAUUUCUUGAAACAAUCAAACUCAUUUCAACUCCCUUGCAAAGGGAAUAAAUACAAAUACCAAGGAGUUGGUCUAUCAGCUUUUUUCCACUAAGUAAUAUGCUUCCUGGGACUUUUCACUUUGUGGACAAAGCAAUUGUCCUUAGCAGGAACUCUAUUGUCUUUGUGGGAAUCAAUGCACAGAAUAUCUGAUAUCCACUCUACACAUUAAAAUCUGGAGGUAUUGAAAAAGAGAACCCUUGAAGUUCGGUGCUGAAGAAUUUUUGAGGUAGAGAGGGAAGAAGUUUAAACUUCUUUCUUCGCCACGUCUCCAAAUCUUUGCUAUUCAUGUUCUUUUUCUCAGGCCAGAUCACCCCAUUGUAGCCUUCCUGUAGUGUGGAGCUUUGGCACACUUGAAGCCUAGCUUCUCCCCAUGCAUUGUGCUCCUCAUAAUUCCUAGUCUCUUUGGAUUGACAAGCAACUGGAUGGACUGCAGAAUAGCUCCUCUCAUGAGGCACAGUGUGAAGGUUUGUUUAAUAACGUUAUCUCAAUCAUUUUACAUCUUUAGAGUAAAAAUUCAGGCAA